GUCUGCUUCCAUUUCAAUAUGAUAAUAUGUUCAGUUUAGUUUUUGUCUGGGUGGAUGUGGCUGUUUAGUAUCAUUUCAGGGAAGAACUUAUGAAACGCUGUGGAUUCAGUCGCUAAAUGAAAAUGUUGGAAGGAUGACAUUGGGACUUUCAAAGUGCAGUGGCCUGAAUGAAUGUUAAAAUUAGUAUUAAGGGUCAGUGCUGAGGGAGUACCGCACUGUCGAAGGAUCGGUGAUGAAGGAGUACAGUGCUGUCAGAAGCUGCCAUUCAUCUUCCUCUCAGGACUGUACCUGGGCAUCUGAGUUCACCUUUCAGGAUGCAAAGAAUGCAAUUGAUAAAAUGAAUGGGUUAGAUAACUUGACCAGUAGAAUUGAAAGUUUGGAAUUGCAGGUCGCUACUCUGCAGAAAUAUGUGCCGAGAAUCAUUUUCCAUGCCAAGGUAUCCGAUGACUUGAACCCAAGUGGAAAACGGCGCAUGGUCUAUGAUGCAGUUAUUGUGAACAAAGGUUCUGCCUACAACUCUAAAACUGGGGUCUUCACUGCCCCUUUAGCUGGGACCUACCUUUUCACCUACUCGCUGCUCGGGGGGCCAACCUCUGAGGUGCGCCUGGUCAAAAAUGAAGAAGACCUGAGUUACAUCCACACUAUCCUGAGCUUAGGGGAAGCCCAAACAGGAUCUAUGCCAGUGAUACUGAGCCUCGAAAGUGGUGACCAAAUCUGGGUCAAUCUAAUUGAGGGAAACACAUGGAGUGGACGAGGUGCUCUGAGUUUCCAGGGUAUCCUCCUGGAGGGCAGGUGGUAAUGAGCUUUGGGCCUUUGGCCAAAUUCAAUAACCUCUUCCCAAUGUGCCACUCCCCCCUCACUCCCCAUACCCUUUAAUAUCUUAACCGGUUUAAUCCCAGACUCCCCACAUGUGACUACUUUGGGUCCAUAUUUACAUUAUAUUCACUGAAUUAAUUAACAAGGUCAAGAAAGUCCCUUUGACACUAACAUGUGGCUGAUGAGGAAGAUAUAUUAAUCAAAUCACUGCAUGCAAAUAGUAUUAAGUCACAGAACAGGUUGUUGUACUUAGUUGGUGCAGCUAACGAAUGAAUAGUCAUAUUUGUAAACCUGGACUUUCAUUUGGAACUGUUCAAAUAAAGCUUAUGAAAUUGUU